AUGAAGCUGAUACUUGCCGCGUUUGGGAUAUUUUUGUGCUCGACGCACGUUCACGCCGACAACCCAUUCCUCCCGGUUUCCGAUAACUCAUCAGAGGAGAUCCCCUCCACUCCGCAACCUUCUCCACCUCCUUCACCUCCAUUUUCACUUUCACAACCACUUGCAUCAACCCAGAACCAACCCCGACUUGUAAUCAGAGAAAAAACGGUGAUCGAAAGAAGACCAGGAGUGAGUGGAAGACCGUCUUCAUUUCAAUCUCAUCCAAUCAUCAUCAAUCAAGUAACGCAAGCUGAUGGAUCACAACCAAGCCCCAUUGCUGUCUUUGUUGAUGAGCAACGAGAAAAGGAAAGAAUCGCUCUUAUUCCAACACCACUUCUCGCACAGAACAAUGGUGAUGCCAAUGAUAAUGAUAAUGGCAAUGGAUCCACUCAAAACAGCCAAACGAGUUUCCAGGAGGAUCAACAAUCACCGGAUCAACAAAAUUCUGGUUCAAUCACUACUUUCACUUCGGGAUUCAAUGCUCGGGGAGAGUCGAUUCUUAUUGCAAAUGGGCCAUUACCAGAAGAUGGAGUUCCGGUGUUGGUGAAAACGUCGACCGGUUUUGCGACAGUGAUUUUGAAACCGGUGGAUCAAACAGGCUCUCAAUCAAUGAAUCAACAAGUCCAAGGGCAACAGGAACAGCAAGAUCAGCAAGAUCAACUUGAUCAACAAGACCAACUUGGUCAACAAGACCAACAAGAUCAACAAGACCAACUUGAUCAACAAGAUGAUCAAAGUCAAAAAAGUCAACAAAUGUCGCCGUUGAAUCAGAAUGUUUUCGGGGAAUUCGGGGACUCUUUCGAGCGAGAAAUGCGGCAACGAGCACUCACCCGGGGUGAACGACCAACCAAUUUCCUUAAGAUCUCCGGUGAUGGGAAAUAUGUGAAAAUCAAUGGCAAGACGAAAGAGGAAUCGCUUUUGAAAAACUUUGAUACGAUGGAAAACAGCAAUGAGGAUGAUGACGAGAAACCAAUUUGGGAUCCAGCUGCUGGCAUAAAGGCAACCAAAGGGAAGACUUUUGAAGAGCAGCAGAGAAUUGUAAGUUCAGCUGAAAAGGCACAAUCUUCAAUACUUACAAGACAU